GUUAGCUAACGCGAUAGUUAGCGGCUGGGGAAAUGUGUACCAUUUGGAAAGAUGAAUUAAACUGUGCCUAAAGAGUGGAUUUGAAAAAGAUUUGUGUUAAUCUGCUGUUGAUAACAGCACCAUGUUGCGUGUCGGGAGCAAAGCCGCCUGCAUGGCCUGCAGGAACCUGGUCUCCACCAACAUGGGGAUGAGAUUUCUGGUACCGCUGCAGAAGCUGCACCCUCUGUCCCGUGCCAUCCACCACCGCUAUUCGGCAAACACCAACCCUCAGCGAUAUCCUCAUCGCACGGCAGCCCGCUACUUCACUUCUAUGUCACGGUUGCCCAUGCGACCACCCAAGCCACCUCCUGGAUCAGGGGGCCGUAGCUACCAGCAGAAGCGCAACUUCUGGGUGGCCCGUCUUGCUGCUAGGCUGCUCAAGCUCCGAUACAUUCUGCUGGGCACGGCAGUGGGAGGAGGGUACACAGCUAAAAAGACCUAUGAGGAAUGGAAGGACUUGCUGCCUGACUUUAGUGAAUACAACUGGGUCAUUCCUGAUUUUGUCUGGGAACUGAGUGAACAAAUUGAUCUCGAUAAAUUGGCCAAGGCUCUACCAGAGAUUGAGGAAAUAGCCAAACUACUACCUGACCUUGACAAGAUAGGAGAGAACUUCACUUUCCUCAAAAGCCUCCUGUCUCCUGGUGUGAGUUUGGGUAGUGAAGUCAAAGGAGCUGGUCUGCAUCUUUUGUUAGAAACCUCAGGUGAUCCUCCUCUAAAAGCCACAGAUUCUUCUGCUGCAGCCACACAAGAUGCCAGUGACAAGCAAUACAAAAAGCAGGGUCUGCUUGGCGAGCUCAUUCUUAUUCAGCAGCAGAUCCAGCGGCACGAGGAGGAGGUCCGGCGGGCCGCUGCAGCCAAUAGUGCGCGUCCCCCACCGCCAGAGCCUGCUCCCAGUCCGCCUCCGAACCCCAGCCCCCUUCAACAGAAACGAAAGUCAUCAGACAAAGAAAAGAUAGACCAGCUUCAAGAAGAACUGCUCCGUACACAGCUAAAAUAUCAGCGCAUGCUGGAGAGACUGGAGAAGGAGAAUAAAGAGUUAAGGAAAGUGGUGCUGCAAAAAGAUGAUAAGGGGAUUCACCAAAGGAAAGUGAAGAAAUCCCUUAUUGACUUGUAUUCUGAGGUUCUGGACAUUUUGUCUGACUACGAUGCCAACUACAACACGCAGGACCACCUACCCAGGGUGGUUGUGGUCGGGGAUCAGAGUGCUGGGAAGACUAGUGUGCUGGAGAUGAUAGCUCAGGCCAGGAUCUUUCCUCGGGGCUCAGGAGAGAUGAUGACACGCUCUCCUGUCAAGGUAACACUAAGUGAAGGCCCCCACCAUGUGGCCAUGUUCAAGGAUAGUGGCAGAGAGUUUGACCUUACCAAGGAGGAGGAUCUCUCUGCUUUGAGGCAUGAGAUUGAGCUGAGGAUGAGGAAGAGCGUGAAGGAGGGACAGACAGUCAGCUCUGAGACAAUAUCCUUGAGUGUCAAAGGCCCUGGCAUCCAGAGGAUGGUGCUUGUUGACUUACCAGGUGUCAUUAGUACGGUGACUACUGGCAUGGCAUCAGACACUAAGGAAACCAUCUUCAGCAUCAGCAAAGCCUACAUGCAGAACCCCAACGCUAUCAUCCUCUGUAUUCAGGAUGGCAGUGUCGAUGCAGAGCGGAGCAUUGUAACUGACUUGGUUAGCCAGAUGGACCCCCAAGGGAAGAGAACUAUCUUUGUCCUGACCAAGGUGGACUUGGCUGAGAAGAACCUGGCCAGCCCGAGCAGAAUCCAGCAAAUAGUGGAAGGAAAGCUGUUUCCCAUGAAGGCCCUGGGCUACUUUGCUGUGGUGACAGGCAAAGGGAGCACUGGUGAAAGCAUAGACUCCAUUAAAGACUACGAGGAGGACUUCUUCCAGAACUCCAGAUUACUUAGGGAUGGCAUGUUGAAGGCCCACCAGGUGACCACAAAGAACCUGAGUCUGGCCGUCUCCGACUGCUUCUGGAAGAUGGUUAGGGAGUCUGUUGAGCAGCAGGCUGAUGUCUUUAAAGCAUCCCGUUUCAACCUGGAGACAGAAUGGAAGAACAACUACCCUCGUCUGAGAGAGCUGGACAGGAAUGAACUUUAUGAAAAGGCCAAAAAUGAAAUCUUGGAUGAAGUCAUUAGUUUGAGUCAAGUGACCCCACAACAUUGUUGUCACAAUGCAGCAAUCCAGUUCAUGGAAGAAACCCUGCAGUCACGUCUCAAAGACACUGACUCAGUAAUUAGAGACAUGGUGGGUCCAGACUGGAAGCAGAGGUGGCUGAACUGGAAGAAUCGCACACCAGAUCAGCACAUCCGUAAUGAAACAAAAAAUGAGCUGGAGCGUUUGCUGAAGCUGCAUGAUGACCACACAGCCUACCUGGCCAAUGACGAGGUCACCACAGUGAGGAAGAACCUCGAGGGACGAGGGGUCGAAGUUGACCCUGUGCUGAUCAAGGACACGUGGCAUCAGCUGUAUCGCCGACACUUCUUGCAGAAGGCACUGGCUCACUGUAACCUCUGCAAGAGAGGUUUUUACUACUACCAGAGACACUUUGUUGACUCUGAGUUGGAGUGCAAUGAUGUGGUACUGUUCUGGAGGAUCCAGAGAAUGCUGGUCAUCACAGCCAACACUCUCCGACAACAGCUCACCAACACUGAGGUGCGCCGGUUGGAGAAAAAUGUGAAGGAGGUGCUGGAUGACUUUGGGGAAGACAUGGAGAAGAAGACCCACCUCAUCACUGGUCGCCGUGUCCAGCUGGCGGAGGAUCUCAAGAAAGUUCGUGAGAUCCAGGAGAAACUUGAAGCCUUCAUAGAAGCUCUUCACAAGGAGAAAUAAAACUAUUGAAAGUACAUGUUUGGAUCACAGCAGAGAGAUGCACUGAACAAAGACAAGUAAAUCUGUAAAUGACCGUCAUCACCUCCUUGCCCUGCCUCACCAUGCCACCACCUGAUUUUAAUGUCCCGACUUGCCUUCCUGUCGUCGUCCCCCCCACACCCCCACACCCCCCCACCCGACAAAGAUGGAAGAUGGACCUGGACCUGAAGGAUAAGAUGGAGGAACAGUUUUCAAGCUUUCUUUGAUUUUCUUUUUUUUUUUUUUUUUCUUCUGUCUUCUUGCUGUCCUGCGUCAUGAGGGGGACUUCUGCACAGGAGCCCAAACAAACAGUCAGAUCAGGAGGAAAAUGAGAAGCUUGCACAGCAUUUUCAAUAAAUAAGGCUUGUGUACAUUUUCAUCUCCCCACUUUCUUUUUUUUUAUUAGAUUUUUUUUUUUUUUUCUCCUGGCCUUUGGUAUUUGUGUAUAUGUGAUUCUACGAGUGUGUGCAAUCACUGAUCUGUGUACAGAGAAAUGCACAACACUGUCACUGGUCCUGAUGGGUGAAAUAGCCUUGAAUUUCAUCCCUUUAUCUCACCUGGUGCUCACCAAGUCACCCAGCUGGUAGACUCAGAACUUGCCUCUCUUUAAAGUUCAAAUUAAUUUUUUUGUUGCACUUAGGAUCCAAAGCACUUAAGUUAUCCCUCCAAGCUAAACCUGUAUUCUCCAUUUACUCUACAUGUAACCCUAAAUAAGACUUUAGUUCCAGCAGAUGUUCUCACCUUGAAUCUGUAAGAAUUGAAAGUAACAACCUGGUUCAACAUCCAGCUUCUUCUCAGCUCUGAAGGUGUUGGAAAUAAUAUUAUGUAAAGAUGUAAUUUCUCAUUAUUUUGGUCUAACAUGGGGUGAAUUUGACAAAUCCUGUGUUUGUAUGUCUGCCAAAUGCACAUAAUGCUCUGGCCAUGCCUCUAACUCACGUUUUGUCUCUGCGAGUCUGUGUGUAAAGCUCCAUCAUUGUACAUUAACAUUUCAUCUACUAUAUUCUCUGCCUGUGUUUCAACUGACAAUUCAAUAGUAAAACUUCCAAAUGGAAGAAUAGGAUACCCUCUUAAUAGAUAAAAAUGUAAUUAAACAAAUUCAGGAUGUUUGUAGAGCAUUUAGACACAUGAUUAAACCAAUUACUACAGUU